AUGUUUUUCUUUUCUGGAGUUUUUAUUAUUUGCUUAGUCUUGAAGCUUACAAAUACAAGUGAAAUUAUAUCCUACAUCGAAGAGGAGGACGAUGUGGAGGCUCCAGUCAUCUGCCAGCAUCUAAAUAUAACUCAACUAUUUCACUCUGACAAACUCAGAAUAGAUAAUAUCACUGUAGAACACAUUGUCAUUAAUAAAGCAACAUCUUCACGAGAGCAUAAAGUCUCUAAAAAUCAGAUCUUUCUCAUUCCCACGCUUACUGUCUACAACAAUGUUAUUCUGGAUGUUCUGCCGCGUCUGAACAUCUCACCCAAUACUACCGUACUGUUCGACGAUGUGCACGGAAGUAUGGAAAGCGUGCGAGAGGAGUUUGGCAGACUGCCAGUCUCCACGAAUUUUGUUCAAAUUGCGCUUGAUCCAAUCAAGCGCCAAGAACAAAUCAAAAAUGUUGCUAUUUCGGGACGUGCCAUUAUUGUGGCUGAAACAACUCUAGUGGAAUCGUUUGUGAAAGAGGAUGUCACUCCUUUUCGUUGCGAAGUAGAAGACUGUCCUUCUAUGAAUCUAUUCUGGAUUAGACCUUAUGCUACUGGAAAGAUCGCUAACAUACGCGAUCUGAGAGAGUUCCUCGUUGACACCGAAAUUGGCUUAGAGCUCAAUUAUUCGAUAAGAAGUUCGCAAGAGGUUGAAGUUGCCUUCUACUUUGACGUUAUGGAUUUCGUUUUUAAAAUUCUUAUGAACACCAAAAACCGGCUGAACUAUACUUGCUCGUCUGAACCCACAAAGACUCCCUAUGUGUACGAAGAUGCAUUGACUGCGCUCAACAGCCCUGUGCCGGAGUACGGGGCUUAUAAGCAACUCAGUGCAGCAGCUUUUUACGAGCAACCACCAUUUGUUCAAAAAACUGGAAAUACCGAGCAACCCUACGAAGGCUACUGCAUUGACCUUAUUGAGUUAAUCCGGAAGGAGUUGAAUUUUAACUACACCAUCUACGAGGUAGAAGACGGAACAUUUGGCACUAUCGAUCAAAAUGGUAACUGGAAUGGUCUUAUAGGGGCUUUGGUGUCCGGAUCGGCAGACAUUGCAUUGGCUCCUUUGAGUGUAACUGCGGAGCGCGAGAAUGACGUUGACUUCACGGUUCCUUACUAUGAUCUGGUUGGCACUACCAUCUUGAUGAGGAGAACAGAUGCGGAUUACUCAUUGUUCAAGUUCAUGAAGGUCCUGGAAUGGCCCGUUUGGCUGUGCAUAUUAGCUGCGUAUAUUUUGACAAGUUUAACUUUGUGGCUCUUUGACCGAUUCAGCCCAUACUCAUACACCAACAACAGGAAAAAAUACCCAGACGACGUGGAAAAGCGGGAAUUCACUUUGAAGGAGUGCCUAUGGUUCUGCAUGACGUCACUCACUCCACAAGGCGGGGGAGAAGCUCCGAAGAAUAUAUCUGGAAGGUUGGCCGCUGCUACUUGGUGGCUUUUUGGAUUUAUUAUUAUUGCUUCCUACACGGCCAAUUUAGCAGCAUUCUUAACAGUAUCUCGACUUGAGCAACCCAUAAGCUCACUGGACGAUUUGGCCAAACAGUACAAGAUCGAAUAUGCACCAAUCAAAGGGAGCUCAUCGGAGACGUAUUUCAGGCGUAUGGCUGAAAUCGAAGAGCGAUUCUACAAUAUUUGGAAAGAAAUGUCACUGAACGAGAGUCUCUCACCAAUGGAUCGUGCUCGACUGGCGGUGUGGGACUAUCCAGUUUCCGAUAAAUUUACAAAUAUGUGGAGAUAUAUGCAAGAGUCAAGGUUGCCGAAUAACAUGGAUGAAGCAAUACAGCGUGUACUUACAUCAGAAGAAGGAUUCGCUUUUAUUGGUGACGCUACAGAAAUAAGAUAUGCGGCUCUUACAAACUGUCAACUGCAGCAGAUCGGUACGGAGUUCUCUCGAAAACCCUAUGCGAUCGCUGUACAGUCUGGACAUGUUCUCAAAGACCGGAUGUCCAGCGCCAUUCUGGUACUGCUCAACCAAAGACGCCUCGAAACUCUAAAGGAAAAGUGGUGGAGCAACAAUCCUAGAAAGACUAUGUGUGCGGAUACAACUGCGGACGAAAACGAUGGUAUCUCCAUCGAGAACAUCGGUGGAGUUUUCAUCGUUAUAUUGGGAGGGAUAAUUUUGUCAGUGAUCACCCUCGCUGUUGAAUACUUCUUUUAUAGAAAGAACUCGGUACACAUUAAUGAAAAUCACAAGGAUGUAAGAGAAAGAAGAGAAACCAAUGGCACAAGCAUUGCGUUACGGAAUCAUAAUGCCUACCGCAGGAACUCGAUGAACUGCAUCAAUCACGUUACCUCCUUCGGUGCUGACAAUGCAGGAUUUCAGUAUUAG